GAAGUGUCAGGCUUCAGAGGCCUCCUCGAGUGGGUGAGGAGGAGGAAGAGCGAGGAGGUGCAGGACAAGAGGAGCGGGGAGGAGCUGAGCCAAGCACACGGCUUCCCGGGAAGCCCCAUGAGUGGGGUGUCUGUCACGGAGCAGAUGGCCAAACCACUCUUGAAUGCAAAUCCUUCAUCAGCCAGACAUCUCACACCUGUAGCCAUUAAAGUCUUGCACCCUGGGCUAGUCCACCAAGUCCAGAUGGAUCUGUUCCUCAUGAAGAUGGGUAGCUAUGUCAUUGGACUUCUCCCUGGAUUCAAGUGGCUCAGUUUGACGGAGAUUGUGGAGGAGUUUGAGAAGCUUAUGAUUCAGCAGAUUGACUUACGGUAUGAAGCCAGAAAUCUGGAGCGCUUCCGACAAAAUUUCCUAGAUGUCGAUUUUGUGAAGUUUCCAACUCCCCUUCGGCCAUUGGUAACGACAGAUGUUCUAGUGGAAACGUUUGAGGAGAGCGAGCCUAUUUCGCACUACCUGCACACGGAGAUUGCCACAGAGCUGAGGCAGAGACUCGCAAAGAUGGGCAUGGACAUGCUGCUAAAGAUGGUCUUUGUUGACAACUUUGUCCACGCUGACCUGCACCCUGGGAACAUCCUGGUUCAAGGCACGGCCCACAUCAGCGCCAGCUGCAAGGAGCAGACGGCCAUCGUGGACCUGUGCGACACGCUCGUGGUGGAAGUGCAGCCGCCCCACAGGCGGCUCUGCCUGGUGCUGCUGGACGCGGGGAUCGUGGCGGAGCUGCAGAGCGCCGACUUGCGGAACUUCCGAGCGGUUUUCACGGCUGUGGUCCAGGGCCAGGGGGAGAGAGUGGCAGAACUGAUCCUUCAUCAUGCCCGUGCUAACCAGUGCCAGGAUAUCGAGCGAUUCAAAGCUGAGAUGGCAGAACUAGUGACCAAGGUCCGGGGGAACACCAUUGCCCUAGGAAAGCUUCAGGUGGGAAAUCUUCUCUCAAAUGUUUUCAAACUACUGAUGACCCAUAAGGUGAAGCUUGAGAGCAAUUUUGCUUCUAUCAUCUUUGCCAUCAUGGUUCUGGAAGGUCUUGGUCGUUCACUGGACCCUGAACUGGACAUCCUAGAGGCAGCUAAACCACUGCUCAUCAAAACUGCAGCUUCUCUCCUCAAAUAG